AUGGAUGAAGAAGAAGACGAUUUCUAUGACCCCGUUGAUGCGGUGCCGACAGCGCAAUUGCAAAAUCCACCCCAGAAUGCAGCUCAGGAUGGCAACUUCACGGAAAACGAUGAUGAGAUCGAGGAAGAGGAAGAAGAUGAUGAUGAUUUCAAUAUCAUCACAGAAGCACCCGAAGGCGCACCACCUCCCGAAGCUUCUCACCCUCGCCAUGCAAGCUUACGGCAAGAACCACCAAGACCAUCCUCAACUGACCCAGCCUUGGCUGUGAGGUCUGUUACCCCGUCGGCAACACCGCGAUAUGAGACAGCCACUCCGGUACCCGGGCACCCAGCCGCGCAACCUUCGAACGAAAAGCCCGGCUCUGCCUACCCAGCCAUUCACAGCUCAACCAUUGAUAUCAAUGCAAAUCCGGUCCACCCUACCACAGGGAAGCCAAUAAUGUCCACUGACAUGGACGCCGACUUCCCAACUGACGACAAGCCCUGGCGACGACCCGGGUCCGACCUCUCGGAUUACUUCAAUUACGGAUUUGAUGAAUUCACAUGGGCAGGAUACUGUCUGAAGCAGCAGGGUGUGCGACAAGAAGUCAGCAGCCAAAAGAAGCAAAUGGACGAUAUGCAGGCUUUCAUGGGCAUGGGCAUGCCCCCAAUGCCCGGCGCACCGCCAGGUCCUGCUGCCCCAGCCAGCGCUGCACCACCCAUGGCCGGCAUGGCCGGCAUGCCAGAUAUGAACUCUGAUAUGAUGCAAAGUAUGUUGGCGUCUAUGAUGUCCCAAGGCUUGGACCCAUCUUCCAUGGACCCAAUGGCUUUCAUGCAGCACGCGCAGUCGAUGAUGCCCGGUGGUGGUCAGCAAGGUCAACCUGGCUUCGGAGGUCAGCCUCAGGGCCAGGGAUUCAACCAAGGGGGUCAAGGGCAGAUGGGCUAUGGGGGAUACGACCAACGCGGAGGUUACGGCGGCCGAGGCCGCGGGCGACGAUGGUAG